AUGGCACCGUGGCCCCGUGCACUGGACAACAUUGGUGCAUCUGAAUCGCCAGCUGCGUCGCCGCCCGAAAUUAUUAGCAGCCGUGUAGACACCGCUUACACCCGCAUCCCCGAUGGGUUGACCGAUCACCAAUGGAAGAUUAUUCAAUCGACCUCGCUUGCGGCUGCUGCAUUGAGUUUUGCAUCUGUGACUUUCGCCUUUUACUGGUUCUCUCGCAGGAGGCGAAGCUUCAGACAUGAUCUCAUUAUGCUGCUUAUGUCGAGUGACAUGCUUAAAUCGCUGUGGUUCAUCAUAUUCCCCAUUGUCGACUUCAAGAACGGUCCCGUUGCCUCGAGCUCAUCAUUCUGCCAAGCCAGCGGCUUCUUCCUCGCGGUUGGCAUAGAGGCAUCAGAUAUUGCUGUUGUUCUCAUCGCUUUACACACAGCCAUUUACAUUUUCCGACCGCGGCAUUCUGGGCGGCAAAGUGGAUUGUAUCCCCAUCGGCGUCUUGCCUUCAGUGCUUUCGCAUUCUUCCCCCUUUUGAUGGCUUCAUUGACAUUCAUCAACUGGCCUGGCUACGUCAACAAUGGGGAGUACUGCUACCUACCCGCCCGACCUGAAUGGGCAAGGCUCGCCCUGAGCUGGGUUCCCCGCUACCUGAUUUUACUCACUAUUGUUGCGCUCUACGCCUACAUCUAUAUCUACGUUACGCUGCGCAUGCGGCGCUUCGGUCGACUCAGUGCUAUGCGACGGGCGAGCGCAACACACAUGCUAGACGAUGGGCAUUGGGCUCGUAUUCCCUCGGUGCCAGCCACCCCAACAUCACGGCGCGGCUCUGAAACCUCAAUGGAAGACUCAGAUCAGCAACGUACCUCUUCUACAAACACCACCAUGACAGCCGAGAUCGAGCUUCACAGCCGGCAGAAGAUCCAAUGGAACUGGCCAAGUUAUGGGAACGAAGACGAUGGCCGCAUCCCGGAACCUAACGACAACGUCUCCCCGCGUGCAUUUGAGUCCAGCACGAGUCCGCUUUCCACCAACUUUGAGCCCAUCUCUCCUCCUCCGCAGAGCUACAUACGCCGCGAUACGAUCGACCUGAAUCCGCCUCAGGCGCAUUAUAACCACGGCAGCUUCAGCACACAGUGGCAACCACCCAGCAGCCCAACAAGCGCUCGAGCCAAGUCGCUUGCCAGCAUCUGGUCAAUUCUCCGUCGGGGUACAUCUCUCGACUCUGAUACAGAUCAUAAUAAUACUCCUUUUCUUUACCAUCCUACCAUUGACGGCACAGGAAUGGCAAAGACGCGCGACAAGAUUCGUCGCCAAUUGCGACUACUUUUUGUUUACCCACUUGUUUACAUACUCAUCUGGGCUGUCCCUUUUGUCGCCCAUGUCAUGCGCUGGGACAACCCAGAGCAAGCCGGCCCGUUUGUGGUUGUGCUUUUGUCGCUAGUGAGCCUGUCAAUUCAGGGGCUAGUUAACGCAUGUCUGUUUUGUGCUGUAGAAAAGCCGUGGAUUGACACGCAAGUCAGGCAUCGCAGGACGCCGUCGAAGUUACGGCGGGAUAAAGACGAAGCCCGGCAACGGGCCGGAAGGAGAACAUCAUUAGCGUAG